GACGUCGUUAAGGUGAGCUAAAGUGUUAAGAUGGUGCUACCCGCUGGGUGUUAACUGCUGCUCUUUGGAGUAGCUCGUUGCAGAGCUAAAAUGGGGCUCCUCAGCGUCAUUCGGAAGAUCAAGAGAAAAGAGAAAGAAAUGCGCAUUCUCAUGGUCGGCCUGGAUAAUUCAGGAAAGACUACAAUAGUGAUGAAGAUAAAUGGGGAGGACACAAGUGUUAUCAGUCCCACUCUUGGCUUCAACAUCAAAACCAUCACCUACAAUAAAUAUACCCUGAAUAUAUGGGAUGUUGGGGGGCAAAGAACCAUAAGAUCGUAUUGGAGGAACUAUUUUGAGCAAACUGAUGGUCUGGUGUGGGUGGUUGAUAGUUCAGAUCUUAGGAGAUUAGAUGAUUGCAAGAUGGAACUUGAUAAUCUUUUGAAGGAAGAGAGGUUGUCAGGAGCAUCCCUACUAAUACUGGCUAACAAGCAAGAUAUUAAAGGUGCUCUUACACCAGCAGAAAUUGCCAAAGUACUUAAUCUGGAAGCAAUGGACAAAACUCGACACUGGAAAAUUGUGGGGUGUAGUGCAUACACGGGUGAAGGGUUGCUCGAAGGAUUUGAUUGGUUGGUCAAGGACAUUGCCUCACGGAUCUAUGUGCUGGAUUAAUUGUGGGGUGUAAGUGUAAUGCAAACAUGGGGUGGAAGGCUGCUUGAGGGAUUUGAUGGGUGAAUUAGUAUACAUUCUAUGUUCACUUGUUUAAUGUGAAACAGAACGAAACUUGAACGCCCCUAAUUAUCACUAUUUAAAACAAAUUACCCGAAUAAAUUGACAUGUUACAA